UUUUUUUUUUCUUCUCCCCGACCUCUUCCCCUCCCGCGGGGCGUGCGACGUGCUCGCGCAUGCGUAGAACGGGCACGUUUCCGCUGCCCGUGAAUCCUGAGCGGGUGCUUACAGAUUUGGCAGGGAAGAGGAAGCAGAUUUGCGGUCCUGUCUUCUGCUGAAUUUUGCAGCGUGGAUCUCUGCGCUGACUGUGCUUGUUAAAUGCAAGCUACCGUAAAAGUGAGUGCCUUUCUACAUUUGGGAAUACUGCAACCUAUGUCUCAGGCAUGAAGGACAAACAUACUAUAAAUGGAAGCAUCUGAAUUGGUUUUCAAGGCAUGAUUCUUCUAUACAUUUGUAGAGGUUUUUCGUCCGUUCCUUGAUGAAAAUGGCAGCCAACAACGCAGUUUUGAACAGGCUGGAGCAGAAGGGCGCAGAAGCAGAUCAAGUUAUCGAAUACCUUAAGCAGCAAGUGGCUCUUCUAAAGGAAAAAGCCAUCUUGCAGGCAUCUCUGAGGGAAGAAAAGAAGCUUCGUGUAGAAAAUGCCAAACUGAAGAAAGAAAUUGAUGUGCUGAAACAAGAAUUGAUCCAGGCUGAAAUUCGGAAUGGAGUGAAACAAGUCUCUCUGCCGCCCAGUGAAACACCUUCUGCAACAGCAUCCUUUUCAGAAGAAGUCUCUCAGCCCACCGCUGCUGCAGCAGCCCCAUCUGGUCCUAAAGACCAAAUUAAAGGAACAAAUGAAGAAAAGAAGAAAAAGGACAAGGCGGAAAAGAAAGCAGAAAAGAAGGAGAAAAAGCAGCAGUCAGCUGCGAAUGAUGACUCAAAGCCUUUAGAUGUUUCCCGACUUGAUUUUCGAAUUGGUUGCAUCACAUCAGCAAAGAAACACCCAGAUGCUGAUACUCUGUACGUUGAGGAAGUUGACGUGGGAGAAACAAACCCUAGAACUGUUGUCAGUGGUCUAGUGAAACAUGUUCCUUUAGAAGAGAUGCAAAACCGGAUGGCGAUAUUUCUCUGUAACCUGAAGCCAGUGAAAAUGAGGGGAGUUUUGUCCCAAGCCAUGCUGAUGUGUGCUAGCACGCCAGAGAAGGUGGAGAUUCUAAUCCCUCCUAGUGGGGUUGUUCCUGGAGACAGAAUUACAUUUGAAGGUUUUCCUGGUGACCCUGAACGAGAACUUAACCCUAAGAAGAAAAUAUGGGAGCAGAUCCAGCCUGACCUUCAUACUGAUGGCCAAUGUGUUGCUACGUACAAAGGAGUGCCAUUUGAAGUGAGGGGGAAAGGGGUCUGCAGAGCUGCUACCAUGGCCAACAGUGGAAUCAAAUAAACAUUUAUCGGUUCUGCAAGUGCUUUAGGUCAUUUUUAAUGGAAAGGAAUGCAAACACAAUUAAAAACAAAUAAUUGCCUCACCCGAAA